GUCUUCAGAUUUCGGGUAGAGAAGUUCUAUUGCAACGCGUCGGGAAAUCUACAUGGAGGCGCUCAAGCCACUAUCUACGACGUCUUGACUAGUCUUGCUGUCCAAGCGAUAGGCACGAGAACGUUCUGGCUCAACGCAGGCGUGUCUAGGAGUUUGGAAGUUACGUUUUUGAGACCUGCUCCACUCGGCACAAUUCUUCUUUGUGACGUGGAGCUUAUGCAUACCGGAAAGUCCCUGGCGUUCAUGAGAGGCGUGAUCAAGCGCGAGGACAAUGGCGCGAUCAUCAGCGUUGGGAAGCACGACAAGGCGGCGGUG